AAUUCAUAUAUUAUAAUGUGUAGGAAGAAAACAAGAAACAAUCAAGACAAGAGGACAAGGAAAAGAGAAAGGAAGAGUCAUCAAUGGUAAUUAUACCUUUUAAAUUAUUACUACAUAUGCUUAUCUUGUAAAAAUUGAAAACACUUUAUUCUAACCUUUAUAUUCUAAUCUUUAAAAUUUAUGUUGUUGUUUUCUAAAUUUUAUAAUUUAUAUACUAGAAGGCACCAAAAGGAAAAAAGAAACAACCAAAACAAAAGGAAAAAGAGAAGAUAAUGGAAAAAUCAUCAAUAGGUUCUAGUUCUACAACUUCUCGAAAUGACAUGAUGGGCUUUUUGAGCAAAUUUGGAGAUUUGGCAAAAACACUUGCCUCGAAUGUUAAAGAGAUGUAUGGCAUGUUAGAACAAGCAAAAGAUCUUUUUGUUGAGGAAGAAACAACAGGAAAAAUGCAACAUCUCAUAGACAACAUAUGGUGCAAGUACACAACAAAGCUCAUACGUUGUACAAAAAAAUACUUCAAAUCAAAUGAAAGGCAAGAUGAUAGAAUGAAGGCUUUGUUUGAUAGAAUGCAACAAGAAAUGACAACGGCCGAAGUAACAAGCUUCAAAAGCAUUCAAUUGGUUUUCUUCCCGGUCGUUUUACCAGAUCACUACUAUUUGCUGUGUGUCAACUUUGUGGAAGGAACAUUUGAUUUGAUUGACAACAGAUUUCUUCCACCAAAUAUUCCUUUUCAAAAUAAAUAUGGAAAUUACCAUAGAUUAAUGUUUUUCUUUAUGUUCUAA